UCUUGUGAAGGAGGAAACCAUUUUGGUUAGUUGCAACGUUCAGUUCUGCACGUAGGCAUCACACUGUGCCGCGCGCAGGUUCACGUCAGCUGCGAGAGGACACUGCAUGUUCACCACAUGAAAAAAAGGGGAAACGAGCGGUGGUCUCUGCCGGAAGGAAAGACUUUUUAUUAUUUUCGCAAUGAGAAGAGAGACAGAAAUGUCUUCGUCACAGUUUUAUAGUGACUGAUCCGCAGGAGCAAAGGCGCACAUCAACGGCUCGGUUUAUUGGUCCAGAGCUGGACAGUGUCAACCUGUGACGCAGCCGGAGCACCUAUCCGCGCGCGGAACACUUGACACCUGACGGCUCCGUCUCUCGACACGACGCCGGUCUUUUCCCAUCACGACCACUUCAGCUCUGCAGUGCAGGAACUGCUGCGUUUUAUGGAAGCGGAGUCUGUGCGUCCUGUCGUGGUCAUGCUGCCCCCAAAGAACUGCCUGCCGAGGAACUACAGCUGCAUAGCCGGACUGUUCGGGAGCCUGGCGGCGGCGAACCCACGGCUGGAAGAUGGGGAAGAGUAUGACAUGAUGAACGGCACCUGUGAGACCACCGAGAGCCCCGUGGUGGAGGAGAGACCCCGGGGCAGAGAGAUCCUCCUGAAGCCUCCACAGAGUCCAAAUCUGCGUCGGAGGUGCAAGUCCCUGCCUACGCCCACAGAGAGAGCGAAGUUGGAGAUCUCCCGCAGCAGGAGUCCAACCAGUCAGAAAAAGGUCCGGUUCGCAGAUUCUCUGGGCCUGGAGCUCAUUUCAGUGAAGCACUUCGAUGAUUCAGAUGAGCCAGAGGUGCCGGAGCGCAUAUUGGCCAAACUCCCCAAAGGAACCCUGCAUCUUAAUCAUUUGGACACAAAGUUCCCCCGUGCGCCAUCGCAGUCUGUGUUUAUGGAGUUGCAGUUCACCAACCCGGGCACACUACCCGGCUUUGAGCAGAAAGUGAGGGAGGUGAAAGUCAUGCUGGAGACCGUGGAGGCGGAUGAAUUCAGCCUAUCCGGGUUUGUGCGCGUCUUGAAUCUGGCUUUCGAAAAGAGCGUCUCUUUGCGGUAUUCUCUAAACAACUGGAUAACAUUUAUGGACAGCCUCGCGUCCUACGUCCCUGACUCCAGCGACGGUGUCACUGAUAAGUUCUGUUUCAAGGUAGUCAUGCCCACCUACCUCGACAACGGAGGCACAUUUCAGUUUGCGAUUAAAUACUGUGUCGGCGGGCAGGAGUUCUGGGACAAUAACAAUGGGAACAAUUACAAAGUGCGGCGCCACCGGUUCAAGAUGUCCCCACCACGAGAAUGGGAGAAUGGAUGGAUUCACUUUAUCUGAGCUUUGUUGUUCGCAGUGGCACAACACCGUGCGUAAUUUGCGCGUAACUGAUCCCCGGGUACCUUAAGUAUGACUGUAGCUUGUUAUAAAUGAUUAUUUUCUGCCAUUGUCAGCUACACACAUGCUGUGACACUGAAAACAGUUUCCCACAAUAAUUCAAAUAUUUGCCCCGCUGUGGUGACAUUAAGUGGUGAGGGCUACAGUGUAAGCCUUAGGUGCCCGGCGAGGGAUGCUGUUAGAUAAUUUGCCUUGAUGUCAGGGCUCUCUGUACAGCUUGUAGCCCUUUGGGGGGGCAUGAUCACGUUAUGUAAUGUAGAAACACGUGCCACGGAAAAACGUGCCGGGCAACGCCGACUUCAGCCAUCACUGUUCCUUUCAGGAGAUGCUGUAAAAUGAAUUAGUGGCACGGAGAUGUUUUGUUUUGCAUGCGUGCAAAAUAUUGGCUUGAUAGGGAGCAGAAAGCAUCAUAUUUUGGCUAAUAUGGAUGCCAUGUGAACCUAGUAGCAUACUCCUCUAGUAGUCUCCUGCAGGCUGGGAGAAAUAUAGUGUUUUACCGUUUUGACGGAUAGAAAUUUGUGGCAGGUUAUCUUGAUAAUAAAAAAAAAAUUCUCUGUAUAAUAUCCCACUGUCAUGCCAUUGAAAAAUGCCUUAUUUUAAGCCAUGGUGUGGGACGUUGUGCAUUGAAUGCUGUACAGUGUUUUCCUCAUGGGGCUUGCAUAGAUUAAAUGCAUUAUAUGAUUAUCAACAUUAAGCUUACAUUUUUAAAACAAGGCCUUCAGGCACUGGGAAGUAGGUAGUGUCCAUAUAGCUGUUGGCUUUCAAUCCAGGGACUUCAUGCUUAGUCAUAAACCAGCCAUAUAUUUGCACAUACUCAACACCCAUUGUAUAUUUUUUGCUGAAUUAAUAUAAAAAACUAAACUUUUUGCCACAUUGAGAACUUAAGGGAGCCUAACCAAAGUCCAAAGAGGAUGAAAAAGUAAAAAAAAAUCCCCAAAUUAUAUCCGCAUCAUGCAUAUUCCAUCAAAUCAUAAAGGCUGGGUUUAUAAAGAAUGGGCUUCAACACUCACACUGUAGCGUGGUUGUUGUCCCACCAAGGAAAACACAUUUAGUAGCAAUGUUUGCAAGGUUAAAUUUACCUCAAAUUACUUGUGGACCUCUCCUCCUCUUCUUCUUCAGGUUGAUCAUUAUAAAGCAGAUGUUAUUUUCACAGUAGUUGUUUUCUAACAGAUGCAUUCAGACAGAUAGGUAUUAUUGUACAUUUGGAGAUUCAACACAUACUGUGUAUUUCAUUUCUGAUGUUUUUUUGGACUGCACUGUGUAACUCUGUUUUUGUCCGUAGACAAAGUAGCUAUUACACGGACGACUGUGUUCAACCGGCUGUAAAGGUACAUGAUAAUAUCCUCAGUCACCACUGUGCAAGAAUAGUGCUGCUCCUCGCACCCCACAUGACCUCAAUGGUUUGAACCACCUGACUGUCUGAUAUUUCCGUCCUUAGGUGACAAACUGUCGCCUGAUUUCCACACCGUAAGCCUUGAUUGAUGAUACACAACCAGUCUUCUCUCUCCAGACAACAGCUGAUGUUGCAUCCUUAAGCUUUUAAUUAAACCACCCGCGGGUAGUCUUCCAAACCAGCUCCUUGCCAUUUGUCAUUAUGCACGUUGUGGCGAACAGGCUUGCAUGUCGUAGGCAAACGAGUUUACUGCAAAUGCAAGUGUUCAUUUUGCUUUCUUUUUAGGUGUGUAGAAAGUUAAGACUCCAGUUCAGUGAGUCGAGGAAUCAACAGGCAGGAUGCUUUUAAUUCCAGUGCUCUGACGGUAAUCCGAACAUCACUUUGUUCUUUGUUUACAUCAUCGUGGCAUCAGAGGGCGGCUCUCCUUUUAACGAGGCCAUCAGGUUAUGAUGUGGAUAAAGACUAUUCCUGUAACCACUUAGUUUUUGGAGCAUCUCCACUGUGAAUCCAUCAGUAAUGUUUGUCUAAACCUGACAUCAUUUUUAAAUGUGGUACCUGAUGUUGUUAGAGUUUUGCUGAUGUGAGAGACGGCCAGCACGGAGUUGAUGUUUGCUUUUAUUUAUCACACACAGACCUGCAUUUUCUCACGUGUUUGUUUGAAUACACUGUGGAUAUAAAAGGUCUGGCCAUGGCAGAGCUUACUGUGUGUUAUAUUGCCUGCUUUGGUCUGUGUAAACUUUGCUCAAGAAUUCAUGCUCUGCGAUACCAGAAAGCAUUAAUUAUCCAGGUUGAGACUUCUGAUGUGGGCACUGAGAGAUGCAUCAAUACCAAUUAAUCACUGCGGAUUAUGUUUAGUAUUAAUAUUAUCGUGUGGAGUCCUGGCACAGCUUGAGAUUGCUUGGUGGUUGACGGUCUGAAAAUAAUGCUUUCUCCAUAUUCCAUCAAUUGUGACUCUGUGGUUUAAGUUUCCAAAAAGUAUGAGACUGUAGGAUACCAGCACUCAGCUUCACUCUGGUAUCGCUCACACACUCUGUUGUUAUUGGUGCAUCAUCCCUGCCAUCAAGAAAACGAAGGGCUUCUGGUCUGAUUUUCACCUCAAUGUAUACAUAACAUUUUGCAUCAAAACUCACUGAUAUAUAGAUAUGUAUGUAAAUGUGUUAAUGUUUCAUAUUGAAUGUCUUCCUGUUACUGUUCUAUGUUAUGUGUAUUUUGAAGCAUUUUUGAGGCAGAAUAGAGAGAUCGGGAAGUGAAAAGAUUGUCAUGUGUUGAGCCUGUGAAGUUGGAAAAUAGUAUGAGCCCAAACAAUGAAUUCUCAAAGCACACUUGAUAUUAGAUUUAAUUAUAAAAACUUUCUUAAAUAUAAUUAAAAGUAAAGCUGCUUGUUGAAUUGGUAAUACCAAUAAUUGUGAUCAUUUGUAUCAAAAUGAUGUUUAAUAAGAUGCUGCAAUAAGUUUUUGUAGGAUCUCCCCUUAAAUAUGUACCAAAAUGUGAAUGAAAUUAACACACUGGAAUCCCGAUGUGCGUAACUAUAGGUAUACACUGCCUUACUAAAGUAUGAGUUUUCUUCGAGACAUGAAGCAAUGAUGGAGGAAGUGCUUGUUUGUUAAGAAAUAAUGUGAUUGCUAAUGAAAAUGAAAAUGUGUGGACUCUAGACAAUGAUAAGGCGACCUAUCUGGGCAGCACAGGUAACGCCAGAUGCACUUUGGAGUUUGAUAACUUUUGGCACGAGUAACUUAUGAUUGUAGCUGAUACUGAGCAGACUCAGUUAAAGCAGGUUCAAAGCACUUUGCGUGAGAGCAAGGAAAAGGGAAGGAACGGGUUGCGGGUCACUGUAUGUACGAAAGCUUCUCCUGUGAAUAGCUACUAACCAAGAUGAUUUCCAUCCUUGUCCAUUUUUACUGCUCUUGUCUUUCACUGUGGAAAGCCUAAAUCACUUUUGUCUUAUUUAUAACCAUUGUACGGCACUGAAUCUAAUUCAGUGGGUUUUUUGGUUUUUGUAAAUCCUAUGCAUCCCCUAAUGUGUUGUAACAUCUGCAGUCAGCUGACUGUGUUAAUCUGUACUGUGUGCUGUCUUUAAUUUUCUCUUUUGCAGUGACGGUUAGCCAUGUUUGCAUGUACAGCUCUAACAUACCUUUAUUUCUAUGUUUAGUUUAUAAUGUAACCUAUAUUUUGUUAAAACAAUGGUAAAUAAAGACAUUUGUGAUGGAAACUAAA